AUGACCAUUCAACCAAAUCUCACAUUCAGAGCCCAUAUUGCUGGAGAAGGAGACGAAACAGUGAAGAACAGCUUCAAAAUGCCAAAUCCCACUCUCUUCUUCCUUUUUUCCAUCCUUCUUCCACUUGUUUUCCUGCAGACCCAUUUCUCAUUCUGUGAUGCGAUUCUUGAUCUUAGAUCUUUGAAGGGCAGUGAAAUCGAUGUUAUGGCAAAAGGGGUUUGCAAUCAGAAGAUCGGGGAGUGCCUGACUGAGCCAGAAAUGGAAUCAGAAGUCAGUAGGAGAGUUCUGAUGAUGCAGAAGAAGUAUAUAAGCUAUGACACCCUUAGGAGGGACAUGGUUCCUUGUUCAAGACCAGGCGUUUCAUAUUAUGAAUGCCAUCCUGGUCCAGCAAAUUCUUAUGACAGAGGCUGCGAGGUCAUUACCAGAUGUGCUAGGGAUGUGCACGACAUAAACACUUGA